AUGCUACAGCGAAUUGGCGGUACAAGUAUAAGACGAUCGCAUGCACAGAUAGAACGAGAAAAGAAACUACUUGAGGAAGCUUUGCCAAAUGAAAAUUGGUACAUACCUCACCGUCUUACUACGAAAUUUUUAAAUUUAUUGACCAUGGAGCGAUUCAUUGCUCUUUAUCUUAGGAUUGCGGUAUAUCGGUACCCAGGCAUUCGUUUCGCUGUGCUGCUGGCUCGAGCGAAAUUAUUACAAACGGUCGCUAGUGUGCUUUUCUUGCCGUAUUCUUCUUAUCAGUAUGCCUUUGGACAUGUUGACGCUACGUUUUUCUACUCGACAGCUUUCGUUGCUGUAUUCGCUCCAAUUGCUUUGGCAGUAUUUAGCCGGUACUUGAAUCGACUGAUUGGAGUCAUUGCAAUGAAUGAAAGCAACGAUUACGUCAGAGUUGGGUAUCUGACGUUUUGGGGAUCUCGGAAGAACAAGUACGGUGUUGUGCUGUCGAAUUCUUUGUCGUCUCUCAAUCGUGCUCCGUUGCAGAUACCUAGAAAUAACGGAUGUCCUGCCAUUGACUGA